AUGCCGGAAUCGUCAGACAAACCGAGCACUCAAAGUUCGUCGAAUCAGUUUCAUGCCGCCGAACUGGAUCGCGCGAUUGACUGUCUGUUAUUGGCCGAGAAGUCGCAUCGUUAUGGAGAACCGGAAGUAAAUCACUCUUCCCAUUUCGAAUCUGGGGCUAACUUUCCGGAGUUAGCAAAGAAUUUAAUCCAGGAACAUAUGGAACAGCUGUCUGUCUCUCAAACGUCAUACUGCUCUUCAAGCCGAAUGUGCACAUCUGAUAUCGAUCGUGAAAACAGGGUUUCACAGGUAAAGAUGAUCAAACUGAAAAUCGAGGUUCAAUUUGUAAAUGUGUAUUUUGAUACAGGCAAUUUGUCAGCCGUAUCUGGGAAAUCAAUAGACGCUCUCAAGACCAUGUUAGUGGAUUGCUGUCACCAGUAUCGCCGUAUUGGGAAACAACAGAGAAACCUGCUGAAUUGGAAAUACUGGAAUGCGUUAAACAACAAAGAUAUUAUUAUUGCUUAUGUGAAAGUGCGCCCAUUUUUAUUGGAUCGAUCGAUGUCUGUCCAAAUUACAUUGGCUAUUUUGAAGCCGGAUGUUCAGCGAGUUGCUGCUUAUCGUCGGGUAUGUGGGCUGAUGUCUCUGUGA